GUGCACUUCCUGUUGUCGGACUUCCUUGUCAGCUGUGACAUCCUAACUAAAUAGAGAGGAUAGAGAUUUUCCGUAUAGCUGAAGUUGUUUCAGUCUCAAAAAUGUCAGAUACGCAAAACAGACUGCGUAAGCAGUUAGAGUCGCCUAAUUUUGAAUCGCAAAAUUAUGUGAAGCAGCUUUCUCAGCAGUCUGAUGGCGACAGAGACCUGCAAGAGCAUCGGCAAAAAAUCCAGAAUUUGGCGGACGAGACAGCACAAAAUUUGAAGAAAAAUGUUUAUAAAAACUAUAGACAGUUUAUCGAAACGGCUAAGGAAAUUUCGUACCUGGAGAGUGAGAUGUACCAAUUAAGUCACAUUCUUACUGAGCAGAAGAGCAUUAUGGAGAGCAUAACUCAGACACUUCUGUCAACGGAUAAAGACGAAACCGCUAAGGAAAUGUUGACAGCAUUCCCUAAAGAAACAGAAGAGGUAAAACAGAGAACCCUUACAACACUACUUGAGAAAGUGGAGGGAUGUAAGAAUAUAAUGGAGACUCCUGGAAGGUAUUUGGUGUAUAAUGGCGACUUGAUUGAAUAUGAUGUCGAUAAUAUGUCUCAGAUACAGAGAGUGCACGCCUUCCUCAUGAACGACUGUCUGCUUAUUGCUACAUGGUUAGCCAACCGGCGCGGUGCAGUGAAAUACAAGUACAACGCGCUGUAUGAUCUGGAGAGCUUUGCCGUAGUGAAUGUCAAAGAUAACCCCCCAAUGAAAGACAUGUUCAAAAUCUUGAUGUUCCCAGACAGUCGAAUUUUUCAAGCAGAGAACAGUAAAAUAAAAAAAGAAUGGCUCGAAAUUCUUGAGGAAACUAAGAAGAAAAAUGUGGUCAAAGAUCGACACAAGAAAGAAGAGGAGGUGCCUAACUCCCCUGUGAGGCCAGAGGUGUCCACCAAUCCCUUUGACGUAGAAGAGCCUCUGGAUUCUGAGGAAGCAGUGGAUCUGAGCCCAGAGUGGAUUCAGGAACUUCCGGAGGAUCUUGAUGUAUGUAUAGCUCAGCGGGACUUUGAAGGAGCUGUGGAUCUUCUGGACAAGCUCAAUGAGUAUCUGAAGGACCAGUCUGUUACUCCUCGCGUGAAGGAGUUGAGGGGGAAGGUGGAAGAGCGAGUGCGACAGCUCAUCGAUGUGCUCGUAUUUGAGCUUUCGCCUGACCGCUCGUUGAGAGGUGGACCAAAAGCGACACGGAGGGCCGUGUCACAGCUGAUUCGGCUGGGUCAGUCGACAAAGGCCUGUGAGCUGUUUCUCAAGAACCGGGCUGCAGCUGUGCAAACAGCUAUCAGACAGCUGCGCAUUGAAGGGGCCACACUGCUUUACAUACACAAGCUCUGUAACAUCUUCUUCACCAGUUUGUUGGAGACCGCAAAGGAGUUUGAGAUGGACUUCAAGGGCAAUACUGGAUGCUACUCAGCCUUUGUGGUCUGGUCACGCUCCGCCAUGAAGAUGUUUGUGGAUGCUUUCAGCGGGCAGGUGUUUGAUAGCAAGGAGAGCCUCUCCACGGCAUCUGAAUGUGUUAAAGUAGCCAAAGAACACUGCACACAGCUCAGCGAGAUAGGCCUGGACCUCACCUUCAUUCUCCAAUCUUUGCUCGUGAAGGACAUCAAAGCGGCCCUCAUUAGUUACAAGGACAUCAUUAUCGAGGCUACCAAGCACCGCAACUCGGAGGAGAUGUGGCGAAAGAUGAACCUCAUGACCCCUGAGGCACUGACCAAGCUGAAGGAGGAGAUGCGCGGCUGUGGCAUCGGCAGUUUCGAGCAAUACACUGGAGACGAUUGCUGGGUGAACCUCAGCUACACGGUGGUGGCCUUCACCAAACAGAUGAUGGGUUUCCUGGAGGAAGGCCUGAAGCUCUACUUCCCUGAGCUGCACAUGGUGUUCCUGGAGAGCCUGAGGGAGGUGAUACUGGAGGCCACACAGCAUGUGGACUACAGCCUGCGCUGUGAGCAGGAUGCUGAGAAGAAGGCUUUCAUCAUGCAGAAUGCCAUCUUUCUCCACGAGAUCGUCCUGCCCGUGGUGGAGAAGAGAUUUGAAGAAGGGGUGGGGAAGCCAGCCAAGCAGCUCCAUGACCUGAAGAAGAACCUGCGGCCCAUGCGCGUCAACCCAGACAGCACCAUGUCUGUAGUGUAGCGCAGGGCUGGACAGAAAAACUGAUUUCAAUGUCCUUCUUGCUAUGGCUAUGUUUCCGCUCCCUACCUUCAAAGCGCCUUCGUCCUGCUCACACAUAUGUUCUUUACCCAGCAGUAGAACACUUAUUGAACGAAUAUUGCAGACCAGGAGCAGCAUCUUUUUUUUUAUGCCAUAUGCAUUUUAGUUAUUCAUUUCAAUUGUUGCAGUGUUAAAAUAAUAAAAAUGUGGAUAAAUAUCAUGACAUGCUUAAUAAUAAUAAUUAAAACACUAUUUCUAAAGAAUAUUACAGAUACUGUUUGUAGUGCACAGUGUUCUGUGUUCUUUAAUGCCAAUCUGCUUGUUUGUAGAACGCUGAACCUAUUAUCUACAUCUGCCAGUUUAUCAUGUAAAAAUCCUUAGCAUUUCAGGGAUAUUAAAAAAUCGUAAUGCUUUCUAA